AUGACUGAACCAUUGGAGGUCGAAUUUCGUCAGUGGGUAGAAAUCAACGCCAGGACUGGUGUCAACGGCUUCGGCGAAGAUAAGAAGUACGUAUCUGGCACCCAACUCGAAAAUUACUGGUCCCCGACAACCCUCUGCGAGAUCAUAAGCACUAUCGAUCCCCCAAUCGCAGUGUCAGUUGAUACAAUCAGACAGAUGUAUCUUCGCAUAUUUUCUAUCCUAGUCUUUAUUGGAAAAUUAGGGAACAUUAGCCUUUUCUCAAAGCCGGGAAUUAACGACAGCAACCUACCUUUAGGAACGAACCAUCUCCUUCCUGAGUGGCGUGGCUGUCUUGAUGAGUUCCUGAUCCAGCAAUGGCAAUUUUGCCCAUGGGCGUUUCCCAGACUGGAAAGCGACGAGCGACAACUACCAGCGCGCCAGAUAUUACCACUUCGAUACGAGGCCCAACUGACGAGAGAAGGCUGGAGUUCGCCUGCAGCGCGGAUACAAGUGGUCAAUAUAGAUGAAGAUUAUUGUGAAUCUAUUCCCCGAGAAGCUGUUUUCAAGAUUUAUGAAGGCAUUGAUACAAGACAACUCUACAGUAGAGAAGCCAACGUGUACACAAGGCUUAGAAGAUUCAACGAGAUCAGUAUUACGAAAUGCUAUGGCUCCUUCGAAUAUCCCGAAACCAACAAGCGAAUCAUUGUCUUAGAAUAUACCCGUGAAGGCUCUCUACUUGAAUUCUUCAAGAAGACACCCCCAGAUAACCCUAACGAUCUAGAAUUGCUUUGGAAGCGCCUAUUGGUGCUGCUAGAUGGCCUUUACACGCUUCACAAUCCAGACAAGCAUGAUUCUAGAUCCCUUUCUGGGAUCCACCAUGAUAUCCAGCCAGCGAAUAUUUUGGUAUUUCGAGAGGAGGGGACCUCAGCCUACGACGUCUUAUUCAAGCUUGCGGACUUUGGCCUGGCUGAAAUUGUCAGAACAAAUGGUGGCGAGGGCGUCAAGGUGCCUAUAGAUAAUGAAGGCAAUCGAAUGUAUUCGGCCCCUGAGGCUUACUCUAACUUCAAGAUUAUGAGCGAAAUCAGACCUCACCUUAACCCUGUUGCGGACUUGUGGUCACUCGGGGCUGUUUACAGCGACUUUCUCGCCUGGUCCAUAGGAGGGGAUGAGUGCCGAGAGAGAUAUCGUGUAAAGAGGAAGGACGCAAUUGCAAAGCUUAGUUACGUCACGGAAGCCGGUUUCGAUGCAUGCUUCCACGACGGCCGCAAAAUACUUCCCGCUGUUAAAGACUUUCACACAGAGGUUCUCAAGGACAAGGUUGGUGGAGACUUCAUCUCCCCCUGCAUUAGCAAGUUCAUUCUCAAGUACAUGAUGGUGGAAGAAUCAAUGCGAUUGAUGGCGAUGCAAGCUAAGGCGCGAGCCAUAUACAUGAUCGACAAGAAGAUGAGUUCUUACAGUGGUGAGAGAAAAGUACCAGUGUGGGAGGUUUACGAGGCACUGAAGACUAAGAGAAAUUGGACAAACUUCAGGAGGCAUCAAAGUCAACGAUCCGAUGCUGGGAUGAAUCUUCCAGGCAUGCAGAAUGCUCGGAACCAAAUUAAUCGUCAUGGUGGACGAGAUCAAAUUAUGGUGAUCGAUGAUUAUGAGUCUAUGAGAGAGCACAGGGGAAACGUUGUGCAGACCGCCAGAGUGAUCAGUUACUCAGUCAAAGUGUCUGACAAAGAUGGUAUGGAUCUCUAUUUUGCCUCCGAUUCCUGCAACCCUCAAAAGUGCCAAAACAGUUCCGAUGUCGAGGCCAAGAUUAGGAAUAAAGCACCAGUCAUUGGAUGGUGUGACAUGAAGAAGUGUUUGAAGGACGUGAUGGACCGGGUCGAGGCGAAUGGAAUGAAACCGACUGGCAUCUAUAUCUUCACUGAUGGGAUAUGGGACCCAGCACAUAAUCCCGAAGUGGACGAGGUCAUUCAUGAAUCUAUUCAGCUCUUGAUCGAGAAAAAGGCAAAGCCCGCAGACCUCAUGUUCCAAUUCAUUCAAUUCGGUCGUGACCCUCAAGGGUCGAAGCGGCUCAAGUUUCUCGACGACGAUUGCAAAAGGAUGCACAGAGGGGUAGAAUACGACAUUGUCGAUACCAAACACUGCGAUGACCACGUCCCUAAGAUUAUUAUAGGCAGUAUUUCCAAACAUAAUGAUGAUGAUGACUAA